UACAGAGCUUAAGGGGAUCUCUGUAGAACAGAAGCUUCAUCAUCAUCAUCAUCAUCAUCUCUGCCACUUCAAUCAUUCAUUCAUGGCUAAAGCAUCUCACCAAAUAGAGAGAAACACCACUUUUCCAAUCCACACCAAGACAACCUCCUCCUCAUCCAAGUACAGCAAAAGAUGCUUCACCCUUCCUUUUUCUAUCAAUUCUCAAAGACUCUCCGCCUUCAUCCUCACCACAAGUCUCACAAUCUUUGCCCUCUCACGAAUCCCGAAUCUCCAGACCCCACCAUCUUCACCUUUAACACCGUCACCUCCCUGGUCUCUCAAGCAGCAGUGGCGUGAUAUCCUCAACACCACCCGAAGCUCUGGUGAUUCGACCCCAGAGGCUAAGCUCGAAGCUAUGGCCGAAAAGCUCCGUGAAUCAGUCACGUUUCUUCCACUCAAGGACGUACGCUUUGCGGACCGACCUCAAGAGGGCCACACGUGGUUCAUGAGCUCCAUGUACGACACUCAUGUCGAAGGCGAGGUCCAGUACCAGCACUUCCCCUCGGAAUCGUCGAAAGGUAGGGUUCUGUGCGUUAAAGGACGCGACACCCAUGAUGGGUCGUGGAACUACUACGCGCUAGCGUGGCCUGAAACUCUCCCAGCAAAUGCCACAUUCAUGAGAGGCCUGACCUUUGUUUCGUAUAAUCACUACCAUUAUGAUAACCUCUGGCACGGCUUGUCAUCCAUUUUCCCGUUCAUAUCGUGGCAUCAGAGGAACAGCUGCAGGUCCCCAGACCGGUGGGUCUUGUACCACUGGGGGGAGCUCAGGUUCAAGAUGUCACCAUGGCUGAAUAACUUGAUGGAGGCAACGUUUGGUAAGCAACCACCCAUAGAAGAGUUUGACAAAAAUGAGGAAAAUGGUCCAGUUUGUUUUGAGGAGGCAGUUGUUAUGAGACACAGUGAAGGUGGUAUGUCUAGACAGAGAAGAGUGGAGGCUUACGACUUAUUGAGGUGCAAAGCAAGAAAUUACUGUAAUAUGAAAUUGAGAGGUGAAAUCGAAGAGGUUAAUGGAAAAAAGACAAAUGAUAUUGUUGGUCUGACUAUGUUCAUGCGAAGAGGAGCGAGAUCAUUCAAGAAUGACUCGGCUGUGAUCGAGAUUUUUCAGAGAGAAUGCAAUAAGGUCAAAAGGUGUAGUCUGAUGGUGGCUUACUCCAGUAAUCUCAAUUUCUGUGAACAGGUGAAAUUGAUGAGCAUGACAGACAUUCUAGUGUCUCCACAUGGUGCGCAGUUGACCAACAUGUUCCUGAUGGACAGAAACAGCAGCAUAAUGGAGUUCUAUCCGAAAGGGUGGUUGAAAAAUGCAGGAGUCGGCCAGUAUGUUUAUCGCUGGUUAGCUAGUUGGUCAGGGAUGAGACACAAGGGUGCUUGGAGGGAUCCAGAUGGAGAACCAUGUCCCUAUCCGGAAGAAGAUCGUCGAUGUAUGUCCAUCUACAAAAGCGGCAAAAUUGGAUAUAACAAGACAUUUUUUACAGAGUGGACGAGAAAUGUCCUUCAAGAGGUCAUUACCACCAGGAAAGUAGGAGCACCGUCGAAGAAUUCUUUCGGUGGCUGUGCUUGCAGCUAGAUCAGCCUCUUUUAGAUCUCAAACUAUACAUAGAGUUUAAUGCAUAAAAAGAACAAAACAAACAUGUCUAUUCUUCUCUAGCGUUCUCGACGUACUUGUGGAAGAGUUCUCUAGGCCAGGAGAAAGUGCCGUUGCAACAAUAAAAUCAAAUGUUUGAACC